AUGGACGAGGAUGAAUAUCAAGAUAAUGUGCAAGUGGCCAAAAGUGAUGCAGGAGCAGAACGACCAGAGCGGUUAACGUUGAUUGAAAGGCACGACAGUUCUCAAGCUUUUGCGGAUAUGGUACUGGAGAUGGCCCAACAAAUUCUUGAUAAGAUGCCUCCAAGUUACAGUUACAAAGAUGUUGCUACCAAGUUAAAAAAGAGAUUAGAUGCUGAGCAGAAUGGUACCUGGCAUGUUAUUGUUGGUUCUCACUUUGGUGCAAAUGUAACAAAUGAUGCCGAAACGCUUGUUAACUUUAAGAUUAACGAGAUGCAUCUUCUUGUAUUUCGUUCUGGGCCUCCAGAGCGUCCACUGGAAAUAGAGGAGGAAAAGGAAUAG